CUGUCUGCCUAACGAGGACCACACCAAAUAAACGGGGUUGCCGGGGAGGAAUCUCGGGCUGGAUGGCUGUCAUAAACUAGAUGCCCAAUUUUUGCCUCAGAUUCACUGCUUCAGGAGGCUGCUGUAGUCAGAAAGCGUGCCAAUCGUAGUCGAUACACCCAGGCUUGGCGCGCCUACCCCGACUUCCCAAGUCCCAAGCUUUCGGCUCUGUGCUUGAGCAUGUGCUCCGGCGCCCACGACCGAGUCCCUCAUCGUCAUUACCUCACCACCCUUCCCUUUUCUUCCUCGCUAGAGAUGUUGCAUCGUCUUUCCAUCCCGGCAACAUCUCGCUCAAGGCAUCAUGGAGGAAUCCACCCCCGAUGGCUUCGCCGACCGCGAUGACCCCACCCCGCCUUUCAAAGGCAAACAGAACGCAUCUACAACCGAUGCGAACCCACGCCGCCAUGGAAGGUCCGUAUCGGACUUUCGACACUCUGUGCAAGAUAGGCUAGUCACAAAAAUCCUGCAACAGGUCGUUCCUGUGGAAAACGUGCAAGAUGAGUCCGUCUCCGUGGGUGCGAAAAACGUCCCUUCGGACAGCAAGCGACCAGCUUUUAGUCUUCCUGUGAUGGGAAACAAUUUCCGGAGAUUCAAUGCGAGGAUCGGAAUUGUUUUCAAUUUCCAGAACCAGGCUGAGCAACUAUUCAGUUGGAAGGAACCGUCUCAUACUUUCUCGUUUCUGUUUGUCUACUCUUUUAUAUGCCUAGAUCCUCACCUUCUAGUCGUGCUUCCCAUUGCGACUCUACUUAUAUUCGUCAUGGUCCCAACUUUCCUUGCGCGCCAUCCUCCGCCUCCGUCAACUUCAACCUCAAGUAUAACUCCUUAUUACUCGUAUCAGGGCCCGGCCCUGGGGCCGCCAAAGACAAUCAAGCCAGUGCCGGAGACUUCCAAAGACUUCUUUCGCAACAUGCGAGAUCUGCAGAACUGCAUGGCUGAUUUCUCUGAUUUGCACGAUUCUGCCGUUUCUGCACUCGCCCCGUUGACGAACUUCUCAAAUGAAAGGCUGUCUUCCGCUGUUUUCCUUGCGUGCACAAUCCUCACUGCAGUGUUAUUUCUGACCUCCCAUCUCAUUCCCUGGAGGUAUAUCCUGCUUUUUGGUGGGAAUGCCGCAAUUCUGUCAAGUCAUCCCGAUAUCCAGGGAUUUGUUCAAGACCUAACCAAGGAACUGGGCAGUGAAGACGCAAAUCCAGAGCCAUCGGCAACUUCGGCUACACCACAGAUGCCCUUAAUGCAGCUAUUAGGCGACAUAUCGCUGGACUCAUUUCCCGAGGAGCGUGAAGUGGAGAUUUUUGAGAUUCAAUACCGCUCACUCGCUCCCUACGCUGAACAAGACUGGGAAACAUUUCUCUUCAGCCGCGUGCCAUACGACCCUCUAUCGCCGUCCCGUAUUGCCGGCGAUCGGCCCAAGGGCUGUCGUUUCUUCGAAGAUGUCCAGCCUCCCGUCGGGUGGGCCUGGAAGAGCAAGAAAUGGGAAUUAGAUCUCGACUGCCGAGAAUGGGUUGUUGAGCGCAUGAUCACCGGCGUUGGUUUCGAGGUGCCCGGUGGUCCUUCGGAAAGCGGUGCCGGCACCGAUGAAAUUGGAGGCUGGGUCUGGGACCUGCCUCCAGCAUCCUUAGCCAGAACCGAUGAUGACGUGGUAUCGGCGUUAGGUUACGAGACGUACGGCCAACAGGUUUCCGGUGAGAAAAAGAAGGGGAAGAAGAAAGGGAAAGAGAGGGCAUUUCAAGACUACGAGGAAAAGGGGAAUCUCGGGUCUAAUGUCAUGGGAGAGUGGAGGCGAAGGCGCUGGGACUCGCCGAAUGCUCGGCUAUCGCCGUGUGCAAUUGAGUAUUCUACUCUGAUCCCAGCGGUCGUGAUCUCUUGUGCUUGGUUUAGCUAUGUGCUUCGAUGGCUACCUUUUAUCCAUCGUCCAAAAUGGACUCGGCCUUUUAUACAGGAGUUACCUCCAUGCCCAGACCUACCAUUAGAGCACACGAAGCAUCGUCUGGGCUGGGUCAUCGCUCUCCUGGCCAUCUCAGUAAUUGGAUUCGCUGCCGAACUUCUAAAGCUUGUGCUGAAUGGUAUGGAUCUGUCCAACUGGACUCUUUUUGCUUCUUGGACUGGGAGUGUGAUCCUUACGGCCCUUGAGCGCCCGAGAACAGCCCCGAUAUUACUUUUUACCUUCUUCCUAGCUGCAGGAAUUACAGAGUUUUCCUUUAUUGUUAACCGCAAUGCUUAUGCACUAUCCAAUCUGUUCACUUUUCAGCUUGCCGCAGCGGCUUCACUGUUGGGCUGCACAGUUGCCCUUGCUAUGCCCAUUCGUCCAGCUUUGUUACCCUGCAUUGAUAUCAGUGCGGCGGGACAGGAGCCAUCUAGCAAAUUUCGAAGUCCGGAAGAUAACCUGCGGCUCUGGCAGUUUUUCACCGUUUCUUGGAUGGCGCCACUAAUGACCAUGGGCAAGCAACGCCAGCUAGAUGAGGAUGAUGUCUGGUAUCUCCCCUUUGAAUUUCAACACAAGAGGCUCCACGAAAAGUUCCGGCAACUUCGAGGAAGUGUCAUUGGCCGCCUACUUCGGGCCAAUGGUAUAGACAUUCUUAUUAUCAGCACGAUUUCAAUAGUGCAGAUGAUAUGUGAAUUUUCGACUCCCCUUCUCCUCCAGCAGCUCCUGCAAGCAAUGAAGACCGAGAACCGGUCCAACCGUGUUGCAUUGGUUUAUGCGAUGCUGUCCUUGGUUGUUCGCCUGAUUGCUGCACAAUCUCAGGUAUUUAACCUCUGGUACGGAAGAAGAUGUUAUGAGCGUAGCCGUGGUGAGAUGAUGAUGAUGGUAUAUGAGAAAGCGCUUGUGAGAAAGAAUUUGUUCGAGCAGGGUGCCGAUGAUAAGUCUACAGAAGGCGAACAACAAGAAGGGGAAGAGCCUGAUAAGUCUUCUAAGAAAUCCUGGUUAUGGAGCCUAUUCACGCUGUGGCGAAGUCCUCGUAAAGAGAAGUCUAAAGCUCCCGUUUCCAUGGGGAAGAUCUUUAACUUACUUCGAGGUGAUGUAUACGAGGUGGCCCAACGAUUUUGGGAAGUUGAUUCCCUAAUCAAUAAGCCACUGGGCUUGGUGAUUGCCGUGGCUCUUGUAUGGAAAGUCCUGGGACCGUCCUGUUUCCUUGGGGUUCUAGUGGUUGUGGUAGCGCAGUCAGUCAACGCACUUAUCACACGCACACUCUUACGCUGGGAGAGAGUGCGAAGAACCGCAACGGAUGCUAGGCUCCAAGUCUCUUCUCAGUUUGUGGAGGCACUCCGCCAUCUUCGAUGGUAUGGUUGGCAAAACCACUGGCUGGGCCAAGUCAUGGACGCUCGAGAAUCCGAGUUGAGACUGCGUGUGAUUACAAGACUAUGGGGUCUUGCUAUUUCUUUUGUCAAUGUUCUCGCCAGCGGCCUAUUUCCGGUCGUUGCUCUCUAUGCCUAUACGUUUUUGGCUGGUCACCCAUUGAGUAUCGACGUUAUAUUCCCUGCACUACAACUCUUCAAUAUGUUGGAGGCUCGUCUGCGAGAUAUACCUAGCUUGAUUACGGUGUUGAUCAACGCUUCAAUUGCUAUGGAGCGUAUACAGGAUUUCAUGGCUGAGCCUGAUAAAGAAAGCAGGGCCAUUGCAACCUCUGAAGAUGCUGCACCGCUCCGGCUGGAAGCAUGCUCUUUUGCUUGGCCUGGAAAAUCCUCUUCGGUUCUCUCAGACAUCGACCUGAGUAUUUCUCCGGGUCUCACCGUUGUCCAUGGCAAGGUUGGAGCUGGAAAGACUGCUCUUCUUCAAGGUCUCUUGGGUGAACUGGAUAAAAUCCAUGGCACUUCUUAUAUUUCAAGUGAAAUGAUGGGAUACUGUGCGCAGACACCAUGGCUACAGAGUAUGAGCAUUCGAGACAAUAUUCUUUUCUCCUCUCCAUAUGAUGAACAGCGGUACAAGCGAGUCUUGGAUGUUUGCGCCUUACUCCCAGAUCUCUCGAAUUUCAAGCAUGGUGACCUCUCAUUCGUGGGAGAGAACGGAAUUGGUCUCUCUGGUGGACAGAAAGCACGAGUUGCUCUAGCGAGGGCCGUCUAUAGCACUGCUAGGAUACUGCUUCUGGAUGACCCAUUGUCAGCAUUGGACCACAACACGGCCGAAACAAUUGUCCGCAGGUGCUUGACGGGCCCUCUUAUGGACGGCCGCGUCGUUGUUCUCGUUACACAUCGCAUCCACCUUGUUCGACACCUUGCCGAUAAAAUUGUGCACAUCCAAGAAGGUCGGGCAACGCUCGAGUCGCCAGCAUCUUUGGGAAAUAUGGACGACGAAACUGAAGGCUCAAGUGAUGCCAAUGUGGCGGAUGAGGCAGAGCUCGAAGACCACUCGGCUGCCGUGCCGUCCAAGUUUAUCGAGGAAGAGCACCGAGCCGAAUGGGGAGUGAAGGCUGCGGUGUACUGGAACUACAUAAAAGCCGGGAAGUACAGAUGGUGGUUGGCGCUGAUAAUUGUUAUGUCGAUUUAUCGCCUGACAUCUGUUGGACAGUCCUGGUUCCUCAAGGAAUGGGGAGAGGCAUACAACGAAGUUGCAAACGUGCUAGGGCACUCGGUCUCUGAAAAGGCUGCCUUUGGACAAUGGACAGCAUUCUCAGUCCAACCAAGGUCACUCCUGUGGACUCUAGCUAACCCUUUCGACAAGUUCCCUGCACCCAUUGAGAAUGUGCGGCCAUGGCUGUUGGUGUUUCUCGGAAUCACCAUGUUCACAGCCGUUACAAUGCUUGUUGCUCGGCUUUUUAUGCUCACCAUUGUCUACUGUGCGGGCCAACAACUCUUUCAGGGGGUUAUGAUAGGUGUCAGCCAUGCCACCUUCCGAUUCUUUGAUGUUACUCCUGUUGGGCGAUUGAUGAACCGGCUGACAUCGGAUAUUGGGGUGGUGGAUGGUGAUAUCAGCCAACAAUUCCAGAUCAUCGCGUUCCUUAUUAUCACCUGGAUAUCCUCAGUCCUCGUUAUCGCUUCAGUAACACCGGUGUUCCUAGCAUUUACAAUCCUCCUCACUGCAUCAUUUGUCUUCACAUUCCUUCAAUUCUUACCCACCUCUCAAAGCCUCCGCAGGCUUGAAAUGGUCUCCCUGACCCCCUUAAUAUCCAAUUUCGGCGAGCUCCUCCACGGCCUCACCACCGUCCGCGCAUUCCAUGCGGAACCUCGCUUCCAAGACCGAGUCAUCGCAGUGGUGGACAAAUUCCAAGGAAUGGACCACUUUUACUGGUCCCUCCAAAGCUGGCUGUCUUACCGGUUCGAAAGUCUAUCCGCCCUUUCCACCUUCGCCCUCACAGCCCUAGCUCUGUAUACAGAUGUGACACCGGGUCUCGCAGCCUUUGCAUUGAUAGCAGCAGGCAACUUCGUCGACGCAACUCACGGUCUCUGCCGCCAAUACGGACAGCUCCAAAUGGACUUCGUCUCCGUCGAGCGCAUCGACGAGCUUCUCCACGUCGACCAAGAACCACCCGGCACAAUCACCCCACCAGCCUCGUGGCCCAAAUUCGGCGCUGACAUCGUCUUCGAGGACGUCGAGAUCCGCUACGCACCACAUCUGGACCCAUCCUUAUCAAAUAUCAACCUACGUAUCCCUGGUGGAUCUACAACAGCCCUGAUCGGCCGCACCGGCAGCGGCAAAUCCACUUUAGCUGUCUCCCUUCUCGCCGCCGUAACCCCAUCCUCAGGUAAAAUCCUCAUAGACAACAUCGACAUAGCAGCUGUCGAAAAACAAUCCCUCCGCACGCGCGUAACAUUCGUCGCGCAAGAUCCCGUUCUAUUCCCCGGAAGCAUACGCAAGAAUCUCGACCCAGUCUCUGAAUAUAGCGACACCGAGUGCUCAGCUGUCUUAUCCCGAAUCUGCAGCCGGCGCGCAUGGACGCUCGAGACACAUGUUGAAGCUGGAGGCCGGAAUCUCAGCCAGGGCGAGAGACAGCUUAUUGGGCUUGCGCGGGCAGUACUACGGCGCAGCUCGCUUGUGAUUCUGGAUGAGGCGACGGCCUCUAUUGAUCAUGAGAGCUCGUUGGAGAUUCAGCAGGUUCUCCGGGAGGAGAUGAGGGAGUCGACUGUUGUGACGAUUGCGCAUCGGUUGGAGGCGAUUAAGGAUGCGGAUUAUUUUAUUGAGUUGGAUGGGGGUAGGGUUGCGCGCUAUGGGUAUGUGAGUGAUAUGUGAGGCCGUACUACGUACAUAGGAGGAACUAUAGGUUUGUUUGAAUGUUUUUUUCUUUUUUCUUUUCUCUUAGCUAUUGUCUUGGAGACAAAAGAAAUACAAAAUAUGAGAGGUCUUUAGAUGACAAUAUAAGUCAGGUGGUCUGUGUACAUCCAAAGAAAAUACUCGAACAAAGCUGCCUGAACCAAACCUUUGGACAGAACAAGAAGACCUAGAAUAGAAAAGAAAGAAAGCCCUCUAAGCCCAGC